AAGGGAGGUUUUCUCGCCGAGUGAGAGGGUGGGUGGAGGGCUGGGGAAGGAGCUGCAGCCACGCACCCGUCCACCUCCCUCCCUUGGGGUGGUGUCAACCCCGGCUAAGAAGACCGCUGCCUGCACCCUCUUUUCUGCAAGGGGCUAGGCAGUCUCCGCGGCGGGGCAGCUGUCUCAGCUUUGCUGGGGCUGCGCCCGGGUAUACGCGGCUCUUCCUUUUCUUGCCCGGCGAAUCGCCGCCUCGUCCCGUGUGGAUGAGCGCCUGCCUUGUGCAAAAAGCUCCGUGUGCAGCGGGUGGGCUCGCGCGCGGGUCUGCUCUGCACGCUUGCCGCGCCCCGUGCAAAGGUCUGGGGCAGAAAUGGCAGUGUUUUGACACCUGCAGUUGAGACACCUGGAGUGUGAGAGUAAACCAUGAGACUGCAAAGAAAGCACUUGCUGAAUGUCUCCUGCGCAAGAAGUUUGAGUGUUUCCAUCUCAUUGGAGACACGGUGCGUCAUAAUUUGAAGGGCUUCCUUGGACCACAGAAGCUUGCACAGACUCCAGUGAACCACUUCUUGAUAAACAAGGCAGAUCCAUACGUUUUCAGCAUACAUUCACGGAACAGAAAAGCCUUUUAUUUUUAUUUUUUACAAGGGUUGCAUCUUGAUGUGGGCGGCAUUUUGAAGGGAGUUAUAAAAGCCACAUAUUUUGGAAUGACUGGAAACCUAGAGAAGCACAAAGAACAUGCAGGAACCGUGCAUGUUAGCAACUCAGCUUUUUUAGAUGUAUCAUCUGUAAUAGAGGCAAAUGCAGCACUAUUAAGCUGCAGCUGUAGCCAUGGCAUUGCAUGACCUUUUAAGCCAUAUGAGAAGUAUUUCUGAGCCUUGGUAUCAAACGUAGCUUUAUUUCUAAAUCGGAUGAUCGGCAAUACACCAUGUGCUAAUCAGGAGAGCAUUUGGAUGGAAAGAUGCCUCUCGGCUUUGCAAAGAUGCUACUGACCAUUAUAUGAGGGGAUGAAAGGUUCACAGAUUGCAUUGCCCAGUGACCAAGCUCCAUGCUGCGCAUGUGUCGACUUGGAUUUAAGGACCUGCCUUGAAUGCAACUUUUAAAGAUGUGCUGUCGUUUCUGACCUGUCCCAGAGAAGAAAGUCUGUAAAAUGGCUCAGACCAGCUUGCUGCAGGGGAAACAGUUUUAUUGUAGAGAGUGGGUUUUUCACAAGCUUCAGCACUGCCUGCAGGAAAAGUCGAGCUGCAGCAACAGCACUGCCAACAAACCAUCCGUUGUGCUGAACUCUGGGACUAAUACUUGCGUCGUCCCUGGCAAGGGAGCUGCCUGGGGUGUGCUGCUGGUAGGAGGGCCGGGUAGUGGCAAGACGGCCCUCUGUACUGAAUUACUGUGGCCGAGCUCACCUGCCAGUCUGCAAAGGGGUUUACAUCACCAAGCCCUGGCUUUCCACUUCUGCAGGGCUCAGGACUCGGACACUCUCUGUGUGGGAGGCUUUAUCAGAGGGUUAGUGGCCCAAAUCUGUCGCAGUGGACUGAUUCAGGGAUUCGAGGACAAACUGAGAGAUCCUGCUGUUCAAAGUCUCUUGCAGCCUGGGGAGUGCGAGAGAAACCCAGCUGAAGCAUUUAAAAGGUGCAUUUUGCUGCCUCUUCUCGGAGCCAAGCCCCCUCAGCAAAGUCUCUUCCUCCUUGUAGAUUCUGUGGAUGAGGGAUGUAACAUUGGAGAAGGCGACCAGACAUCUACAGGCUUAUCUGGAACUAUAGCUGAGCUUCUAGCUAGUCACUAUGAGUUUUUCCCUCCGUGGUUGCUGCUCCUGUGCUCUGCCCGGAAGCAGAGCAAAGCUGUUACAAAAAUGUUUACCGGCUUUCGAAAGAUAAGCCUUGAUGAUCUCCGAAAGGCUUACAUCGUGAAAGAUGUCCAACAGUAUAUUCUCCAUCGCUUAGAUCAAGAAGAAGCACUGAGACAACAUCUCACAAAAGAAACUGCAGAAAUGUUGAAUCAGCUUCACAUUAAAAGCAGUGGAUGUUUUCUGUAUCUCGAGCGUGUCCUAGAUGGAGUGGUGGAAAACUUUAUCAUGUUAAGAGAAAUCCGUGAUAUCCCUGGGACACUCAACGGCCUCUAUCUUUGGCUUUGUCAAAGACUUUUUGUGAGAAAACAGUUUGCAAAGGUCCAACCCAUUCUGAAUGUAAUCCUUGCUGCUUGCAGGCCACUAACUACAGUUGAAUUGUUCCAUGCAGUAUGGACCAAAAACAUGGCAUUAUCUAUGGAGGACUUCCAGCGCAAGCUAGAUGUUCUGUCAAAGGUUCUUGUCGAUGGUCUCGGAAACACAAAGAUCCUUUUUCACUACAGCUUUGCAGAAUGGCUGUUGGAUGUAAAGCACUGUACACAAAAAUAUUUGUGCAACGCAGCAGAAGGGCACAGAAUGCUUGCAAUGAGUUACACCUGUCGAGCCAAGGAUUUAUCGCCUCUGGAGGCUCAAGAAUUUGCUUUGCACCUAAUUGAUUCCAACUUGCAACUGGAGACCUCUGAACUGGCUUUGUGGAUGAUCUGGAAUGGUACGCCUGUCAAAGACUCUUUGUCAACGUUGAUCCCCAAAGAACAAGAAGUUUUACAGUUGCUGGUAAAAGCCGGUGCUCAUGUCAACAGUGAGGAUGAUCGGACAUCUUGCAUCGUACGGCAGGCUUUGGAAAGAGAGGAUUCCAUUCGAACUCUAUUGGAUAAUGGUGCUUCGGUAAACCAGUGUGACUCGAAUGGUAGAACACUCUUGGCUAACGCUGCAUAUAGUGGCAAUCUUGAUGUAGUCAAUCUGCUAGUUUCCAGAGGAGCAGAUUUAGAGAUUGAAGACACGCAUGGGCAGACGGCACUUACUCUAGCUGCUCGGCAGGGCCACACCAAAGUUGUCAACUGUUUGAUUGGGUGUGGUGCUAACAUAAAUCACACGGACCAUGAUGGGUGGACGGCCCUGCGAUCGGCAGCUUGGGGUGGGCAUACCGAGGUGGUUUCUGCACUCCUCUAUGCUGGAGUAAAAGUAGACUGUGCAGAUGCUGACAGUCGGACAGCCUUGAGAGCAGCAGCUUGGGGAGGCCAUGAAGAUAUUGUGCUGAAUCUGUUGCAACAUGGGGCUGAGGUCAACAAAGCAGAUAAUGAAGGUAGAACUGCUUUAAUUGCAGCAGCAUACAUGGGGCAUAAAGAGAUUGUGGAGCAUCUGUUGGACCACGGAGCAGAGGUAAACCAUGAGGAUGUGGAUGGAAGGACUGCCCUCUCCGUUGCUGCUCUUUGUGUACCUGCCAGUAAAGGACAUGCUUCAGUUGUGAGCCUUUUAAUUGAGCGGGGCGCCGAGGUGGACCAUUGUGACAAAGAUGGCAUGACUCCACUGCUAGUGGCAGCCUACGAAGGACAUGUAGAUGUUGUUGAUUUGCUUCUGGAAGGCGGAGCAGAUGUAGACCAUACGGACAACAAUGGCCGCACCCCUCUUCUUGCUGCAGCUUCCAUGGGCCACGCAUCAGUUGUAAAUACUCUGUUGUUUUGGGGGGCAGCUGUGGAUAGCAUUGAUAGUGAAGGACGGACGGUUCUUAGUAUAGCCUCUGCACAAGGCAAUGUUGAAGUAGUACGGACUCUGCUGGAUAGAGGGCUGGAUGAGAAUCAUAGAGACGAUGCAGGAUGGACACCUUUGCACAUGGCAGCUUUUGAAGGACACAGGUUGAUAUGUGAAGCACUUAUAGAACAAGGUGCUCGAACAAAUGAAAUUGAUAAUGACGGGCGCAUAGCCUUCAUAUUGGCUGCCCAGGAAGGUUACUAUGAUUGUGUGCAGACCUUGCUGGAAAACAAAUCUAACAUUGAUCACAGGGGCUAUGAUGGGAGAAAUGCUCUCCGUGUUGCUGCUUUAGAAGGCCAUAGAGACAUUGUCGAGCUACUCUUCAGUCAUGGAGCUGAUGUGAAUUACAAAGAUGCUGAUGGCCGGCCAACGCUUUAUAUCUUGGCUCUAGAAAACCAGCUAACGAUGGCUGAGUAUUUUUUAGAAAAUGGUGCAAAUGUCGAAGCCAGUGAUGCUGAAGGAAGGACAGCGCUCCAUGUUUCCUGCUGGCAGGGCCAUGUGGAGAUGGUACAGGUGCUGAUAACGUACCAUGCUGAUGUGAAUGCCGCAGACAAUGAGAAACGCUCAGCUUUGCAGUCUGCCGCGUGGCAGGGCCAUGUCAAAGUAGUUCAGCUUUUGAUAGAGCGUGGGGCCCUAGUGGACCAUACGUGCAAUCAGGGUGCUACUGCACUCUGCAUUGCAGCCCAAGAAGGGCACAUUGAUGUUGUGCAGAUAUUACUGGAGCACGGUGCUGAUCCUAAUCAUGCGGAUCAAUUUGGGCGCACAGCUAUGCGCGUAGCUGCAAAAAAUGGACACACGCAGAUAAUUAAAUUACUGGAAAAAUACGGUGCUUCUACUCUAAAUGGCUGCACUCCUUCUCCGGUCCAUACAAUGGAACAAAAACCUUUGCAAUCGGCAUCUUCAAAGAUGCAAUCCUUAACCAUAAAAUCCAAUAGUUCGGGGAGCACUGGUGGGGGAGAUAUGCAGCCUGCUUUGCGUGGCUUGUCUAAUGGGCCAGCUCAUGCUUUUAGUUCUCCUUCUGAAUCUCCCGAUUCGACAGUUGAUCGGCAAAAGUCCUCCUUAUCCAAUAAUUCAUUAAAAAGCUCAAAAAACUCUUCUCUACGCACAACUUCAUCUACAGCAACUGCCCAGACGGUACCGAUCGACAGCUUCCACAGUAUGUCCUUUACGGAACAAAUACAGCAGCAUUCGUUACCCCGCAGUAGAAGUAGGCAGUCUAUUGUUUCUCCUUCCUCCACAACUCAUUCCUUAAGUCAGAAUCAUAGUUCGCCAAACAGUGAAUUUGAAUGGAGCCAGGUGAAGCCCAGCUUGAAAUCUACAAAAGCCAGCAAAACGGGGAAAACGGAGAAUUCCAACAAAUCCGGGUCUGCUGGGAAAAAGGUGAAACAGAGCACCUCCUCUCAACCAAAAGUCCUUGAAUAUGAAAUGACUCAGUUUGAUAAAAGGAUACCUGUUGCCAAAUGUGGGGCCGGCGUGCCCCUUAAAUCAAUGCCUAGUGACACUCAGUGUAAAAUUUUAGUCCCUCCAGCCCAUCAGGAAGUUUGCCGAUCUCAACAGCAGUUCCUGAUCCACCAACAAAGUGGGGAGCAGAAAAAGAGAAAUGGAAUAAUGACUAAUCCAAAAUACCACCUUCAGAACAAUCAGGUUUUUCUUGGCAGAGUUUCUGUCCCACGAACAGUACAGGAUCGAGGGCAUCAGGAGGUUUUGGAAGGCUAUCCUUCUGCAGAGACGGAGCUGAGCCUUAAGCAAGCCUUAAAACUUCAAAUUGAGGGGAAUGACCCAAGCUUCAACUAUAAGAAGGAAACACCAUUGUAAGAGGCAGCUCCAUGACACCAUGAAUAAAAUGAAGAGUUUCUGCCUGGAAUGUUUUGUCACCCGGGCUGGAAUCAAAGCAUGUCUUGCCUGUUGAACCACAUUGAAAAUUACGAAUGUGAUCACUGCAGUACAGUUACCUUGAUUACUGUAAUGUGCCUAAAGAAAAAAAAUUAAGGCUGCCUUCUUAAAUGUAACCUCCUGUGCUUCAGAAAAAAAAUAUUUUGUGUACUUUGUACUUACUACACAGAAUAAGCACUUUCUUUUCUUCCUCAGUAGCAGAACAAGAUACAUUGUAUUUCCACUUACACAGCUGGAAAGUUGUUAAGAGCUAGAAAUUUGAGUUCGGUUCCAGAAGGCUUGAUCAGUGUAAAUGUGCCACAGUGGACUUUGUGACAAACAGCAAUGCUUUCUUGUAUUUAUUUUACAUUCAUGUGCAAAAGAAACUCUGCCCACAGUCGAACAGACAAGGAGUUUUCAAUAUCACCUCAAAGACUAAGGGAACACCUCCACCAUUGACCCAAGUUAGAGUUCCUGUUAAUUAUUUGAACCCACUUCUAGAAGUGUUGCGGCAUACUUUUGAUGUAGGACUUUAGGUGCCCUUAGACUUUUUUAUUUUGCUGCAGGGUCCACCAUGAUCAAAAUCCACAUAAAAGACCCCAUCUAUCCUCAGAGAGUACUAUUUGCAUGGAGAGUAAAGGGAAAGGGACCCCUGACAGUUAAGUCCAGUCACGAACGACUCUGGGGUUGCGGCGCUUAUCUCGCUUUACUGGCUGAGGGAGCCGGCGUUUGUCCGCAGACAGUUUUUCUGGGUCAUGUGGCCAGCAUGACAAAGCCGCUUCUGGCAAAACCAGAGCAGCACACAGAAAUGCUGUUUACCUUUCCGCUGGAGCGGUACCUAUUUAUCUAUUUGCACUGGUGUGCUUUUGAACUGCUAGGUUGGCAGGAGCUGGGACUGAGCAACGGGAGCUCACCCCGUCGCUGUAAUUCGAACUGCCAACCUUCCGAUCGGCAAGCCCUAGGCUCAGUGGUUUAGACCACAGUGCCACCCACGUUCCUGCAUGGAGAAUAGAUAAUGUGAAUUGGCCCAUCCCCAGAUAACAGCCAUAGCAGUUAUCGAUACCACCUGUGGUAGCUCAGAAAUCACAACUGCAGUCCCAGACAUCAGUGUCUGAGUCUGAAGAAUCUGGUUUAUGCAUUGCAUUCUGUAUCUGCUCGUGGGAGCGUAAAGCAACAGAAGCCACAGCAAACAUGUAAUGUAGGGCUGAUUUUGAAUAUGUAAACUGACUCAAAACACAAGCUACUCUUCUGUACACGUAACAUCACAUUUGCAUUGCUGUAAUGUACAGUUGGUUUUCUGUGUUGUUCAAAUGUUUCUCAUAAGAAGAGCAACUUGUGACAGUAUUGGCUAACUUCAGUACUUCCCUUCAGCCUGGGGUGGGGUGCCAUUUAUUGGGCCCUGUCUCCGCUACUUGUUUUAGAGGUGGUUUAUGAAGGAACAGUUCUUUAGCAUCAAGUUUUCAUACUUCCCACUUAAAUGAUGGUAACUAUUUAAAUUUGUUAGCCGCUUUCUCUUGCCCAGGGCAACCCAAAGUGACUUAUCUGGUUUUGCUUAUGAGCAUAUGAAACAGCUCUAGAUGGAAUCAGGUCUUAGGUCCCUUAAGUCCAGCACUGUAUGUUCCCAGCCCUGUAACAGAGAUCCUUUAACUCAGGGGUGGGGAGCCUCUGGUCCUUCAGAUGUCCCAUUCUCAUCAGUCCCAGUCAGCACGGCCAAUGGUGUGUAGUCCAAGAACAUAUGGAAGCCAAGUUUCCCCAUCCCCUCUCUAAAAAUACAAGGGAUUGGAUAUGGACCCUUCUACAUGUAAAACAGGAGUGGGGAACUGUUAGCGUCUGGCAGGCCAGAUCUUUUAUCUCCCCCACUCCAUCAGGCCUAUCUUGGUCAGGAAUGAUGGGAGUUGCAGUCUUAAUAUCUGGAGAGCCAAAGGUUCCCCAUUCUUGACCUUAAGUACAGAGGUAAAAAUGUUGAUUGGUAAGUGUGUCAAAUCAUUACUCCCAACUUGCUCUGAACAUAAGUACUGGAUAUUUUCAACACUGCACAAGAAUAUGGCUGCUCUUUCAUGUUAGAUGUAUUGAUCUGUAGAAAGACAUCCCUAAAGGCUGUCUUUCUCUCUGGAUCUCGGCUGUUGCUGAGAUUAUAUUUAUUUGUUUAUUUGUGUGUUUUUAAAUUACAGUAUGUACCUUGUGACUAGAUGGUGAUAUUUCUGGCCACUUUCACAAGAAGGCUACGCAUUGCAGAAGUCUUCAUGAUUUUCAGCAGACUAUAAUCUUAAUGUCUCUAAAAGAGCUGCUGGUGGUAACAUGCCCAAACGCAGACACCAGCUAUAGGAAGGUCAGCUGAAAAGUGCUACCUUUCAGAUAAUCAAAAUAAAAGUUCCUGCACAUUUUCAGAAAUGCUUAGGAAUGCAGCAUGUGUUUCUUCUCUCUUUAAAAAUAUCCAUUUGACAAGAGUGUGAGAUUGUUCCGCAUUGCUUUAAUGUAUGAUUUAAAAAAAUAAUAAUAUUGGCUUUUGUGGCCUCUCUCCCAAAAAAAGGUAAAACUAAGCACCCUGAAUUAUUGGCAGGUCUGUGUGUCUUUGCAAUUGUGAAUUGAUGUGUGUGGCUCAGUUCUGCUAAGCCAUGACUUGGCAGGGCUGAUCAGCUGUAAUGCAGCAGAAUUCAAGACUUCUUACCUUUUUUCUCGUUUCACAAAUCUCUGUAUCUCUGGUCCUACUUUCAUCUUUCUUUUCCCUAUAUUAUCCAAAGUCAUCCCUAGAGGAAACUAAAGAAAGUGUCGCAAUUCAUAAUUGGAGACUAGGGAAAAGGCUGAUGAGCAUUAAUAUCUGCACCAUAUGUGUGCCAGGAAAGUCACCUGAAAAGGGAAUUGAAUGGCAAAUUUACCUGUCAAAACCUUAACAUCUUACACUAUAGUGAUACCCUUGUCAUGAUCAGUAUUGGGAAAUGGCUUUGUUUUUACUUAAAAGCAUCGUUUUCUCUUGUCAACUAUGCUGCUAUGCAAAUGUCUGUCCAUGCUCGUUAUCCUCCAUUGAAACUCUUCAAAUAACAUGGUGCACAGCUAAGACUUUUUUCUGGAUUGGAUUGUAAAUAGCCUAUAAUGUACAUUGAAUUUCACAUUGUAAAAUUUUUAUUUUAUUUCUUGUAUUAUAUUAAGCAAAAAUCCUUAUGUAUAUGAAAGUGCAUAAUAAAUAUAUUUGCUUUUCAA